AUACUACGGUUUACGGUCCAGUCUGGUUUAAAAAAUAAAAAAACUGAGAACUGUAAACCGUAAUUUAAUUUGAAAAAAAUACAGACCAGACCAUUUAAACCGUAGACAAAAUCAAAUACUAAAAUUGUGAUUUGAUCUAGAGUUUAGAAAAAAUUUUGUUCAGCCCUAUUUACAUUUUAACCAGAAGAUGAUGAAAUGAUUUGACACCUGAACUAAUUCACUGCGUUCACCUCACUGGAUUCCUCUGUAACUCAUUCUACACUCCUAUUUCCAUUUUGGCACACAUCCUCUUAUUUUCCAAUUUGUGCGUGAAAAUACACAAAUUAUCUUCAAAUUCGUUGCUGUUGAAUAAUCCUUUCAGGUUGGAAUAAUUUCCUGGAAUUUCUGAAUAUGGGUGGAUUUUCAUGGCCAUCAGAAGCAGAGAUGGAUUACUCAACAAAGGUCGUGGCUGAGAUGGCUGGAGUAGCUACCAAGGAUGUUAGAUUGGUUCUCUCCCCUUAUAGAGUGUGUCCUUUGGGAGCACACAUUGAUCAUCAGGGUGGAGCUGUUUCAGCUAUGACUAUAAACAAGGGAAUUCUUCUUGCAUUUGUUCCUUCUGGAAAUCCCGAGGUUGUAUUACGUUCUGUACACUUUGGAGGAGAAGUGAACUUCAGAGUUGAUGAAGAUCACCAUCUUAAAAAGGCAGGAAAGUCUUAUGUUAAUGCCAAUGGUUCAACUAAAUCUAAAGAAGAGUGUAGUUGGGGAAGAUAUGCAAGAGGAGCUGUUUAUGCAUUAAAAUGUGGAGGGCACAUUCUCAAUCAGGGUAUUAUUGGAUUGAUCAGCGGUUCUUCAGGCCUUGAUAACUCUGGCCUUAGCUCUUCUGCUGCUGUUGGAGUUGCUUACCUAUUGGCUCUUGAAAAUGCCAAUAAUAUAUCAGUAUCUCCAGCAGAAAACAUUGAGUAUGACCGGCUGAUUGAAAAUGAAUACUUAGGCUUGAGUAAUGGCAUACUUGAUCAAUCGGCAAUACUACUUUCACGGCAGGGUUGUCUGACCUUCAUGGACUGCAAGACCAAAGAAUACAAAUUGAUAAGCCCUUCAAACUUAAAAGGGGGUGGUUCAAAUGGAGCACAGAAAUCAUACAAGAUAUUAUUGGCAUGUUCUGGCCUGAAGCAUGCUUUGACGAGUGCCACUGGGUAUAAUUGCCGAGUUUCUGAAUGUCGGGAAGCAGCAAGAGUUCUCCUAGAUGCUGUUGGGAGGGAUGAAGCGGAGGCUGUUCUAUCCAAUGUUGAACUACAAGUUUAUGAAGCUCACAAGGACAAGCUAGAUCCUAUUCUUGCACGAAGAGCAGAGCAUUAUUUUACGGAGAACUUGCGUGUGAUGGAAGGAGUGGAAGCUUGGGCUUCGGGUAGGAUGGAUGAUUUCGGAAAAUUGGUUACUUCGUCUGGUCGAAGUUCAAUUCAGAACUAUGAAUGUGGGUGUAAGCCUCUAAUAGACCUUUAUGAGGUCCUCCUACGAGCUCCCGGUGUGUUAGGAGCGAGGUUUAGCGGUGCCGGGUUUCGAGGAUGCUGCAUUGCAUUAGUAGAUUCAGAACAUGAAAUUGAAGCUGCUUCAUUUGUGAAAAGGGAAUACACUAAACUUCAACCUGAAUUGGUUAGUAAAAUUGGUGAAGAAGCUCUUAUUUUUGUGUGUGAAUCUGGGGAUGGUGCUCGUGUAAUUUCUAGCCAUUAAUGUUUUACAUAAUGAGGUGUUUGGUAAAUUAGCUUAUUGAGCAAUUUUAGCUUAUUUUGAUAUAAAUAGACGGUUGGGUGGUCAAACAGGCUAAACCAGCUAAUGCUAGUGUUUGCUGAAGUAACUGGUUGAAAUAACUUAUUGAUACAAAUAAGUUGUUUUUAAACAAGCUGCUUAUAGUAGCGGGUUCAAAAUCAGUUGGUCAAACCAGUUAAUAAAAUCAGUCACUAUAAUCAGCUAUCAGCCAAUUGCCAAACACCCUCAUCAAGUGAUUUUCUGUUUUUUUGAGUGAUUUACUUGUUCAUUCAUUAGUUUUACUCUGACCCUUAAAAUUUGCCCCAUUUACGGAAAAAAAAGGUUCUUAUGAAAGUUGGUGAAAUGGGCAUACUCAAAGGACGGAGUAGUAUAAAUGUACGGUUUCGUAAAAGAGACAUAUCUUACCGUUAAAAAGCUAAUAAAACAAUUUUUUUUAUUUGCUAUCAACAA